UAAAUCAGUUGUGGGAAUUCCCUCACUUAAUUUGCCCAUUAAUAUAUGCAGUGUUUAAAGAGAACAGCUGAUCAGAUGUAAACAAUAAAAAUGCUUGAAGCUGCUGUGCAACUUCUUGUCGUGGGCCUGCUGUGGGGCGUAACCAAUCCGUUCAUUCGCCUCGGCAGCCAGGGAAUCGAGUCGGUCAGGGAUACGGGCUCCAAGUGGAGCAACCUCGUCCAGGAGGCUCGCACAGUGGGCACCCGCUGGCGCUAUUGGAUACCCUUUGGACUCAACCAGUGCGGAAGCGCCCUGUACGUGUGGACACUCCAAAGUGCCAGUAUUACGGUGGCGGUGCCGGUGGCCAAUUCCCUGAGUUUUGCUUUCACAGCCAUAACCGGCUAUGCACUGGGCGAAAAGCUGCCGGGAAAGAAGAUCAUCCUGGGCACCCUGCUCAUCUGCUGCGGCAGCAUCCUGAUGAUCUACGACAAGAUCCUGCAGGAACAGGAGCAACAGCAACUAAAUAUAACAUUCCAAUGAUCUUACCCUAAA